GCGAUUCCGCAAGUGCGUUACAGGGGGACCUCUCGCGAUGUCUGCACGGUCUCUGGCGCAGUGAAGCAAACCGGAAGAGAAAAUCAUCCUGCUGUAGUUGGGCCAGCUCUGGUUGUUGUGGUACUGCAGCUUGUGUGUGGCCGAUUCAGGGGGCUAUUUUGUCUCUGUUAUCUGUGUUUACAUCUGAGCCCUGAGUUGAAAAUAACACUCGACUGCCAGAGGACCUGACGCGAAUGGAGUCUCACGGCAGGGACGAAGUGAAGGGGCCGGUGCUGCACAUCGUGGUUGUUGGAUUUCACCACAAAAAGGGCUGUCAGGUUGAAUUUUCCUAUCCACCGCUGGUGCCAGACGAGGGUCAUGACAGCAACCUGCUGCCAGAGGAGUGGAAGUACCUCCCUUUCCUGGCUCUUCCUGAUGGAGCACACAACUACCAAGACGACACUGUGUAUUUUCACCUGCCGCCUCUCGGUGGAGACGUGAAGUGCGUGUAUGGAGUGUCCUGCUAUCGCCAAAUAGAGUCAAAGGCCUUGAAGGUCCGACAGGCUGAUGUCACCAGGGAAACUGUUCAGAAGAGUGUCUGCGUCCUCAGUCGAGUGCCUCUUUAUGGUCUGCUUCAAGCAAAACUGCAGCUCAUCACACACGCCUACUUUGAGGAGAAAGACUUCUCACAGAUCUCCAUCCUAAAGGAACUGUACGAUCACAUGAACGGCUCUCUCCGGGGUUCAGCUCUGGAUGGAUCACAGGUUUAUCUCGGAUUAUCACCGAGAGAUCUCAUCCUUCACUUCCGGCACAAGGUUCUCAUCCUUUUCAAGCUCAUUCUGCUGGAGAAGAAGGUAUUGUUCUACGUGUCUCCCGUCAACAGACUAGUGGGAGCUCUGAUGACCGUCCUGUCGCUGUUUCCAGGGAUGAUCGAGCACGGCCUGGUCGACUCCUCCCACUACAGACCUAAGGGCAGCGUAUCGGAGGACAAGGGCCUGGUGGAGAGCGUCCCUGGAGCAGAGGAGUUUGUUUCCGUGUCGGUCACUGACCUCACCAACGCCAACCUGGAGCUGGAAGGGCUGGAGGCAGUUCAGGCUGCAGCAGAGUCUCCGUCCGCUGGGGACAACGCCAACGGCGUCCGCCACCUCCUCCAACCCCCCCCGCAUCCUUCUCCAGAGUCCUCCGAGAGCGAGUGGGAGACUCUGGACCCCAGCGUGUUGGAAGAAGGAGGUCCCAAAGAGGCGGCUGAGACGGGGUCCGAGCUCCUGGACGCUUUCGAGUCCAACCCGGAAACUCCCAUCACUGUGCAGCCGCAGGCGGCCAGCGGGCAGGGAGGGGUCAUCCAGGGCCUGGUGUCAGGUUUGGAGGAGGAUCAGUACGGCCUGCCGCUGGCCGUUUUCACAAAGGGCUACCUGUGCUUGCCCUACAUGGCCCUGCAGCAGCACCACCUCCUCUCAGACGUGACGGUACGGGGCUUCGUGGCGGGCGCCACAAACAUCCUCUUCCGACAGCAGAGGCACCUCAGCGAUGCCGUCGUCGAAGUGGAGGAGGCUAAGAUCCAGAUCCAGGACCCGGAGCUGCGAAAGGUCCUGAGCCUGACGACGGCGGACCUGCGGUUCGCAGACUACCUGGUGAAGCACGUGACGGAGAACCGGGACGACGUGUUCCUGGACGGGACGGGCUGGGAGGGCGGAGACGAGUGGAUCAGAGCCCAGUUCACCCUCUACCUGCAUUCUUUACUGUCCUCCGCCUUACAGCAAGAUAACGAGAGGCUGCUGGCCGAUUACGGGUCGCCGUUCGUGGCAGCCUGGAAAAUAAGUCACAACUUCCGAGUGUGGUACAGCAACAAGCAUCCCGGCAUGACUGCCAUCACCCCGGGUCACCCGUUCCAGGGCCAGUACAGCGUAGCAGAUGUGAAACUACGACUCUCACAGAUGUGGGCCACCGUGAUCUCCAUCCACAUCCUGCACUCGGGUCAGAGCUGCCUGCUGGACCAGGACCGGGUGGUGGCUCCACUUGUUCCAAAACUCUCAGGACACCCUCCCUUCUCUCACGCCGCAGUAAACACGGAACUCCCCUCCUGCAACCCGAGAGACGGCCACGGGGGGAUUCAGGGUUCGGUACAAAACAGCGAGCGAGGGAAGAAGAUCGGCAACGCCAUGAUGACCACCAGUCGCAGCGUGGUCCUGACCGGGAAGGCCGUAGGUCAGUCCGUGGGCGGAGCGUUGACCAGCGCCAAGUCCGCCAUGUCCUCCUGGUUCUCCACGCUGGCCCAGCCCCCUCCAGCCAAUUCCCCCACCGGUCCGGAGCCCGCCACCGAGGUGAAACCAUAACGGUCCGUGUUGCUCUGCCUCUUUGUCUUCCCGAUGACGUAGCCUUAGAGUCAGAAGCCUGGAAGGUGGUUUUGUUGAAGAACGAGCAGAAUUUUUCUCAAGUUCAGGUGGGAGUCUGAACCCCUAAAACCCAGCUGACCCCUUGACCGGAGAUUCUGAACUUUUUCCACCAUCCUAUUAUCCGGACGUCUCAGCAGACAGGAAGGUAGCAAAUGCUGUUAAACUGCACAGUCAGGAAGCACUGUGAGGCGGAAACUGCCACUGCUUUUGAUCCAAACCGGAGAAUUGAGGAGGUUACAUUUGUCUGGCCCCCUUUGUGUCGCAGCUGCGGCUGAUAUUGAUGGACGUGCUCCGGUGAGACGCUUAAGAUGCUGUCUUUGGGUGUGUGGUGUACACUUUUUCAAUAUUUAGCUAACUUCUCUGUUGCAGCAAUAUCGAGAUUGCUCCUUGGUCACAAGAUUUGACUCCAGUAAUGCCAGCUAUGGCAAUCUAAAAGUUUUAACAGAUUAAAAUUCAGUCUGGCUCAUGUUAAUCGGUGCCUCUGUGGUAAUAUUGUGGUUGUAUAGUGUUAAAGUAUAAUAAUGAAUAAAGUCCAUCUUGAGUGACUUAAGUAUAGGCGUGACUAACAGUUUGUUUAUUACUCUUUAUACAUUUUUAUAACGUCCAAAAGGGUUACUAAACUAACAUUUUGCAUGUGGAAAAGACAAGAAUAAGAUUUUAUCUUAUAUUAAGCAGAAUGUCUAAAAAAUGGGGGUAUUCAACUAAGUGCCGGAAGCUAAAAAGAUAAACUAAGUAAACGUGUUUGUUUAAAAAAAAAAAGUUAAACAAGAGUUUUUAGGUAAAACAUUUCAACGAUAGCGAGAUAAGACGAGUUGUUAGAAAAUUGGGAUAAAACCACGAUUAGAAAACAUUAAAUCCAAAUAAAUAAAUUAGACAAAAAUUUCCAUAUGACAUGGUUAUGAUGAAAUUACACAACAUACACAAGUGUUACAAAAACAAAGAGUGCUUCUAAGUGAUGGUAAUUUGAUAGCAUUAGCUUGCUAAAGUGCUGUAUACUUUCAGCAGUCUCAGGUACAUUUUUUAAUAGUUUUUUCAGAUUAUCAAUGUUUUUCUUUUAUUUAAGUAAAUGAUUGGUAAAAACAAGGCUAAGGCACAGGCAUAGUAUUGUGCCAAGAACACAAUAAUUUAGAGAAUCAAGGAUUUGGAGAAAUAGAGUGAGAUGGUAAAUUUUAUCGGCGAGAUUUAAAAUAACAUCUUGAAAAUGUGUUCAAAAUACCCAUCUUACUUGGCUUACUUUUCUCUUUUGCUGUAUUUUUUUUCGUCUUUGUGGUUGCAAGAUUUUUUGGUUUUGAAAUGUCACCCUUUAUAGUUAUUUUUGUGAAAGUAUUUUUUUGUACAUUUUUAUUCUAAAAGGAGCAAAGCAAAAUAUUUUUGCCCUUUCUGGUUAACAGUUAAGUCAGAAGAAGGUUAGUUUUUUUUUAAUAAGCUCAUAAGUAUUCAUCAAUAGCAGCAGGUCUAUAUUUUUAACCAUUAUUAUCUUUAAAGAUGAGUAUAAAGCAACCUGGUGGCUCACAGAACAUGAUAAACAACUGAAAUGUGAAAUAAAACUCGAAAGCUUAAUAAACAUUUGGUUCAUAUAGAAAUAAACUUUUUUGCCUUUGUGUUUUUUAAGAUUCUAAGAAAAUCUAAAUUUGUCAGUCACGCAUGUUGCAUCCAAAAAGGGAGAAGUUAACAAGUGUCAAAGGGAUGAACCCUUGAAAAAUGCAUCCGCGUAUCCACUGAACAAUCACAAUAUUAUCACAGGCAUCUUUUUUUAUGGCACCUCCAUCCAUCAUGAAGGAAGCUCCAGUGAGCCGUUUGUAUCUCUCACCCAGGCUUUUUUUUUUACUUUGCUGUCUCUAUACAUAAAUGAAUAUAUAUUUGAAGGUCUAUAUUUAGUAAACUCAAAGACAGAUAAUUAUUUAUUUGUUGUAAAACUUGUUAUCGUGAAAUAUCUGUGUUUUCUCAUGACAAUACUGGAACAAGUGGACCACUGUUAAUUUGCACAAAGUAUUCAUUAUAUACUGUUCUUGUGGAUCUUUACCCUGUGGGACUGUAAUUCUGAGGUGGUUACAAAAUAAUUUUCCUCCAUGAUACGAGUACUCAACUGUGGUUGAUUUAAAAAGGUCCAGUGAGCAAGCUGUUUGCUUUUAAAGGUUUUCGUCAUCUACAUGCCUCAAAGAAGCUGUCCAACAUUUUCUGGAUUAUGAUUUCUGAAGUACGUUCAAAAUGUCAGCUGUUUGUUGUUGUUUUUUUUAUAUCCAGAUAUCGUUUCAUUUUGUAUUUAAAAUAUUUUUUGUGGACAGAAUAUUUUCCUGACAGAUGUUUCUGUGUAUUGGAGAUGGACAUGAUUCUACACUAAAUUGCUGUAUUAAAUUGGUUUUUUCUUUGUUUGCUCCUACAAUUCA